ACUUGGAAGAAGCAAGAUAGAAAAAGUAUUGACGCUGCUGGAGAAGACUUUGCUGCUGGAGAAGACUUUUGAAGAUACCAUGGACAGCCAGGAAAACAAACAAAUGGAUUAUAGAACAAAUCAAUCCAAAAUUUUCACUCAAGGCAGAAAUGACCAGGCUUCAACUAUCAUACUUGGGACCCAGCUCCCUUGAGAAGUCUAUAAUGCUGGGAAAAGUUGAAGGACAGAGAAAACGAGGAGGACCAGCAGCAAAGUGGAUGGACUCAAUUACGGCUGCAAUGAACGCACCACUGAAUGACAUUAAAGGCCAGGUUGAAGACAGAUCAUCUUGGAGAGAAUCCAUCUAUGUGGUCGCUAAGAGUUGACACCAACUUGACGGUACUUAGUCAAUCAAUCAAGAGAAAAAUGACAUUGAGGACAGAUUAUGGGGAGAACGAGAACAUUGAGGCGCUCCAGAGGAUGAUCAGGGCUUUGCUGGAGGAGGCCCCCUCUGUCUGGAACUUAAUCAGCAUCUUGAAGGCUGCGAAGAGUCUGCCGUUGCUGCAGGCGGCUGUUUAAGACCUCCCCAACCAGUGACUCCGCCAAGGGCAAGCCCCCCAGAGGGAGGUUCUUUAAACGGAAACACCGCGUUGAGCCUACUCCAGCACCACCUCCAACUCCCACAGGGGGCUCCCCGGCAGUAUCCAGAGUCACCAUCGAUGAGGAGGUGCCCCAGGUUGGGACUGGGGCUGACUCUUUGGGGAAGGUUGCGAAGAGUCUGCAGAUGCUGCAGAAAGUUCUUUAAGACCUCCCCCAGCAGUGACUCCGAAAAGGGCAAGCCCCCCAGAGGGAGGUUCUGGCCACGAAGCAAGUGGGUUGAGCCGACUCCAGUGCCACCUCCAACUCCCUCAGGGGGCACCCCGGCAGUCUCGGGAGUCACCAUCGGUUUGACAACUAUCCAGGAGGAAGUGGACAGAGCUGAGGAAAUUAUGGAGGAUGUCAAAAAGCAUCCGGACCCUGGGUUCCUGCUGCGGUUAAGCCUGGACGCCGUCACGGAACUCACCAAAAUGAAGCCGCCUAUGCCCUUCAAUCUCAAGGCAGCAGUCCUCAAUGUGGCGGUGUCCGGGCUGAACCAAGUGGACCCAGGGACCCAGGAGAACAUGGCAUCCUUUAAGAAGAUGCUCAGGGGGCUGCUGGAGGAGGCCCCCUCUGUCUACAGCACCAUUGGCAUCUUGAAGGAGCUCCACAGGUAUAUUGAAUCAGAGGAGCCCCGGCUGCAGGCUCUGGGCCGAGAAGCCUACGUCUACGUCCUGCAGCAUGUGGCCAGACUGCCCAAUGUGGAACUGACCACACACAAGGCUCUCUUGCGCAUUGAAGAUGACUUGACUCAUCAUUUGAUUCAAAGCACCAUCAAAGAUGAUCUUGUCCUGGAGGACUUCAAUGAGGAGGAGGAGUCUGCUAAUUGUAUGAGUAUCAGAAUGGAGCGGGUGGGAGUGGUUGAAUAGCCAUUUGAGCCGGAGACUCAAUCUUUUGUCUUUUUGUUUGGUUUUCUAGGCUGAGAGAGAACAACUACUCCAACAAUAAUAGAACUUGGUUACCCAGUGGCAGUAGAUUCAGGACAGACUGCUUUGCACAAUGCAUCUUUAUGUUGCGGGAUUCCCUUCGAGAUGUCGGGAGUGCCACCGGCUUCGCUUAAGAAUUAUGCCAAUUAAUAGAAGAUAGGUCUGUCGAUAGACAGGUGAGCUCUGGGGAGCCCGGUGAAGGAUUGCAGGUAUCCCUCUGAGGGAAUGGAUGCUGAGGAAAAACAGAAGAAAGAACAGGGAAAGGCGGAGAGGACUUGCCCCAGCUUGUGGCCCAUUUUAUCCUCCGAUGCCAAUCUCUGGAAAAAAGAUACUUUCCCCCUGCUUAGUUGCCUAUGUGCCGUGAGCGUCUGGAGUUGCUUCUUGUGAAUGGGUUGGUUGGUGGGUUGGGUAUUUUUCGAUCUCCCCUUUAUGAUACUAGUUGGAAAGAAAGUCACUUCUGCUGUAUUAGAUUGACUGGCCUGGAUCAUGUGACGUUCUUUCUUUCUUUCUUUCAUGACAGGCUAGAACUACUGAUGGAUGGGCUAACAGUCCAAAUUCCAAAACAGCCAUCCCAGUUCCUAGAGGAAAGCUCGCUCUCUCUCUCUCUCUCUCUCUCUCUCUCUCUCUCUCUCUCUCUCUCUCUCUCUCAUUUUAUUGAAUGUAAGUACAAAUAGCUGGCUCUUUCUUUCAGGUUUGAGGUCAUUCAGUAAUAAGUCUUCCCCAAUGCAAACUCUUUUGAGGGUUACAAUUUUAUGUUUUGUUUCCCCCCAGUGUUAUAGUAGUGUUGCUUGUCAAAGUGAAAGUGGCUCUCAUAUGGAAACCCUGACACCUUCCGUGCACACGUAAGAACAGGAUCACUGGUUCGUGUUCCCAUAUGGAAGUGUACACAAACAUUGAAUGCAGCUCUAAACCAGCCAGGAUCCACCAAGCCAAGUGUCGUCAUAUACGUUGGCCCACCCGGCCUCAAUGAACCUCCUGUCUUGGCUGCUGUCUUUGACUCAGCAGAUCCCCAUUUCUGUCAUCCUGAUUCCAUCCCUUCGGUCUUGUGUUCCAGACAGCAAUCGUGUGUAGGAUCUGUAAAGCUUUUGCUCAAAUUCCAAGCACAGUGGAAUUUGAGUGGAAUAAUCUCACCUUACAGACACCCUUCAGGUUACUCCUGAAAUGGGAAACAUGUUCUUUGGCUCUAAUUUCGUUUUCUGACAUUAGAAACCAGAUAGAUCCAAUUUGGAAGUAUUUAUUUUUUAUAAUUUAUUCUAUUUCUAUACCGCCCUUCCAAAAAUGGCUCAGGGAGGUUUAAACAGAGAAAUAAUAAAUCAAUAAGAUGGAUCCCUGUCCCCAAAGGGCUCGCAAUCUAAGAAGAAACAUAAGACAGACACCAGCAACUGUCACUGGAGAUACUGUGCUGGGGGUGGAUAGGGCCAGUUACUCUCCCCCGCUAAAUAAAGAGAAUCACCAAGUUAAAGGUACCUCUUUGCCAAGUUAGCAGGAGAAGC